AUGAUCGACAAUGGCAAUCUCUACUUUAUCAAAACUGAAAAUACGAGCUCGGGCUAUAUUGAAGUGUGGUGGGCCACACAGCAAAGCAAAUUCACCAAAACCGAAUCAUACAUGACCGGAAAAGUGAAGAAUAAUAUUUGCGUUGGAACCUACGCCAUCAAUUGUGGAAAUCUGUUCGCCAUCUCGGACACUCUCCAGAACAACUCCGACUUCAUGCAGCUUAAGUGCCUAAAAGACAUAGCCAACUACAGUGCCAAGUCUCUCAAAACUUACGAGACCGCUUUUGUCGUCAACGAUAUCAAAGGUAAAGGAUAUUAUUGCAUGGAUUUGGUGAACAACCUCUAUCUCUUCAAAAACAGUGGCACAGCGUCGGGUCUAGUCGAAAUGCACAUUGCCACUGCUGAUAGCAACUAUCAGUCGAUCGACCAUUUCUCGACGGGUUUUGUGGCCAACAGUACCAAUCUGUAG